AUGGCCAUCAGCCAGGCAUCCGGCUGGUUUCCCACGAGGCAAGCUGUGCAACCAGACGAGCAGGAUGUGGAGCGCCAGCUGCGGAUGGUCCCUGGGGCGCUGUUCAGGCUGAAAGCCAGCAAUGGUGAGGGCCGAAGCUGGAAGCAAGAGGAGAUCCAAUCCAGCCGCGCGACCGCGGAGAAGCCGACGCCUGCUCCUGUGUCGGCAAAACCACAGGAGGCCAUCCCUCGGCAAAUACGGGGGAGGCCCAUGUUCCUGGGUGAGGCCAAGGAGAUUCUCAAGGCUUUCAGGGAAUCCCUGCUGACACCUGCUGUUACCAGGACGCUGCAAAAUAUCGAGCAGCGCGGCGGGGUGCACAUGGAACAGCAUCGGCGGGUGUUGAUUACGCAGGAGUGGAACCCCAUCAUGAAAAGGUUCGACUUCCCCACCACAGAGGAGGGAUACAAUGCCAUGAAGGCUGGUAUCAGGGAGUUUGCGGAGAACGCGUACGUCCGCUCCUGCUGCCACGAGGUCGAGCACCUUUGCGGAGCUCCAACAGGAGCCUACUUCGGCGUUCCCACGGCUGAGGAGCUGGCAGCCAAGAAGGCGGCCGAGGCUGAAGCCGCACGACGAGCUGAGGAACAGCGCCAGCGGGAGGAGGCCAAGAGACAGGCCGAAGAACUCCGCAAGGCACAGGAGAGGCGCAAAGCAGAGGAGGCUGAGGCGAAGAGAGCAGAAGAGUCCAGACGGAAAGAGGCCGAAGAGGCUGAAGCCAAGCGAAAGGCCGAGGAGGCAGAGAAAGAGAGAGAAGCUAGAGCUAGAGAGAAAGCAGAGGAGGAAGCUAGACAGCAGCAGCAGACGCAGCAGGACAAGGAGCAGAACACACAGGAGGAGCAAACGAGUCAAGGGAGCGAGGCACAGCAGCAAGGGGAACACCCCAGCGAGCAGGAGCAGGACACCAAGAGUGCCGAAGAAGAGCAAGCUCAACAAUCAGGGCCGGAGCCAGGCGGAAGUAGUACGCAGAGCGAGAGCUGCGAUACUGCAGAGGCUCAGACCCAAGACCCGCUAGAGAGGCUCGCAGAAGAAGCAAGGCAGAAAGCUGCAAAGCUUCGACAAGGCGUGGAAACUCAAGAAGAGGCUGGCACUCAAAGAAGUCCUGGCUCCGACGACCUGGCGGCACCCGCGACCACACAAAACGAAGUGGAAGAGGACGGCAGGAAGGAGGCCGUGACUGAAGAGAAUGGGCUCGACGGCGAUCAUCGUGAAGGUCAGCAUGACAAUGCACGUGAUGCAGCAAGUCAAGAGCCAGAUCUCCCAGGUCACGGGCCCAAAGGUGCUGAUGAGGAGGCGAACGAGGCACCGCCAAGUCCAGACACGAAGGACUCACCCCGUGAGAAGGUGAAGCCCGUCGAAGGUGUCCAAGAGGAGAAUGACCACGAGCUGCAAUGCUUCGAUGUUCUUCGCCAGGUGGCACUGAGGGAGAAGCCGUCAAGAGAGUCAAAAAUUGUGGGCGCCGCGGUCAAAGGGGCGCAGCUGUUGGGAGCAGUGGAGGAGGUCGGAGGCCAGCAGUGGCUACACGUUUCAUCCCGGUGCUGCAAAGCCCUGGGUGCGCUAGCCGACUCGGCUUGGGCACUGGUAACAGGCGUUGAGUUUGGGCUGGAUGACCUCCUUCAGGCCUCUGAGCAGCGACAGCCACAGGCAUUGGGCUAUGCAGGCCGAUAUGAGGUGGCUCAUGGUAAGGUGGCAGUACGAGUCUCUCCUUCACUGAAGGGCAAGAUUGUGGGAGUCGUACAUGCAGGCCGGAUACUCAUGGGAACACCUCACAAAGUCGGUGGUUAUGCGUGGCUCCGUUUUGAGGAGAGCUCGAGAAAGAAAGUGGCAGAUAUUGGGGAGGAGGCGUGGGCAUUAAUUGACGGCGAGCCUUUUGGUCUCGAACAGCUGCUAAGACCGCUGGACAAGGAUGGCCGCAAAGCGCUGGAGUCUUUCCAUGAAAAGCAGACGCCCCCUGCAGCCCCUGAGGAGGCUCCGGCCGAUCAAGGCCUAGCAGACAAGGCAGACAAGACCGAGAGCGCCGUCGGCACAGCCGCUGCAAGUGAAGGCAAGCUUGAAGCGCAGGCUAACAAGAAAGGUGCUGUCAAGCAGGAUGCCAAGCAGGAGAGCACGACGGCGAUAUCGGAUCCAGCAAAAGUUGAGUCACGCCGAAAGGCAGCGCAGCAAGCCAUGGAUGUGCUUUCUGGGCCUGUAGAAUACAAGGUCCUGGCCCAGGACCACGCGGCCCCUGUGAGACGGGAGCCCCUGGUGCAAUCGCCCGAAGUCGGCAAACUUGAGAAAGGCAGGGCAGAGAUGUCCAGGCUUAUGUUUGCGGCUACAGUGGCUACAAGUUACGAGUAG